CCAGCUUUCUCAGCCAAGAGCAGCCAGAGUGCUGAGACGCCCUGGUGACCGCUCUGGGGCUGGCCACUUCCUUCCCCGGCAGCCGGGGUCCCCACUGAGGGCAGCCUCACAGCUCCCAGGCCCUCUGCGGGCUGGAAGGUACAGGAGAAGGUGAGGACAGUCACCUUUAGGUGACAGUAUGGGCGGGAAGACAGAUGGGAGAGACAAAGGCCACCAAAACCAAGGCAGCAAGGCCAAGAAAGGGCACCUGCCUCUCAUCCUGGUGCCCCUGACCCAGGCUGGCUUCCACCUAGUGGGUCCCGCCCCACUGGGUUCCUACGCUGGCUUCCCUGGUUGGGUCCUGCCCGUGGUUCCUCUCUCCUCAGUCCCCUCCAUCCCACCACCUCUAGGAGACGCCAACCACCUGUCUCCUCGGAUGCCCCCAUCCCCACCCUGCGCCCCAAAUUCCUAAGGUUGGGAAAUCGGAACACUUUUGCACCUGCCUCAUCCCAUGUCUCCCUCCCUCCCUGAUGCUUGGGCUCCCUCUCUGUUUCAACACAGAUUCUCGGACUCACAAUUACAGCUCAUUACCCUAUCGGUGGCUGGCCCUGAGUCACGAGGGAGGGACACAGGGCUGCCCAGCCCUGCCACCUUCUCCCAAGCUGCAGUAUAAGGAGUAGAGGCAGGGAGGAGGACUCUGGGAAGGCAGGGGAGUCUGGGAAAGGAGGGAGAAGGCUGCACACCUAGAGGGAGGGAGAAGUCCGAAGGAAGAAGAGAACAGAGGAGACCACGCAGCAGGGAGGAGGAGACAGGGCAGAGAGAAAUAAAUUCGGGUGGGAAGAAGGCAGGAGGGAGAGAAGGAGCGAGGCGGAGAUGAGGUUGCAGGGCUCCCUGGCCUGCCUCCUGCUGGCCCUGUGCCUGGGCAGCGGGGGGGCCGGCCCGUUGCCGAAAGAAGGGGAGGGUGCGGGAGCAGGUGUCGAGGAGGCCGUGGGACACGGGAUGGGAGACGCCAUUGGGAAGGGGGUGGGAGAUGCCAUCAGCCAAGGAGUCGAAGAGGCUGCUGGCAAAGGGACCGGAGAGGCCUCCGGCUCUGCAAGCAGGGGGGCCACGAGCCGUGGCGCAGAGGAGGCAGCCCACGUCCUUGGGAACCCUGGGGGUGAGGCAGGCAGGCAGGCUGAGAACAUCAUUCGCCGCGGAGGAGAUGCGGUUCACAGCUCCUGGCAGGGCGUGCCUGGCGGCAACGGUGCUUGGGGAACCCAUGGCCAACCUCCCUCUGGAGGCCAUGGCAUCUUUGGCUCCCAGGGUGGCUUUGGAGGCCACAGCCAGGGCAACCCUGGAGGCCCGGGGACUCCUUGGGGCCAGGGAUACCCCGGAGGUUCGGAUGGCAGCUUCGGAACCCACUCUCAGGGAGGCGCCUGGGGCCAAGGAGCCAACGGAGGAUCUUUGAACUUGGGGCCCAACGCUCAGGGGACCGUGGUCCAGCCCGGGUACGGCUCAGUGAGAGGCAGCAGCAACUCACACACAGAGUGCACCAACCCCCCGCCGUCCGGCUCAGGCGGAAGCUCUGGCAACUCCCGGGGAAGCGGUGGCAGCGGUGGUGGCAGCGGCGGUGGCAGCAGCAGUGGCAGCGGCGGUGGCAGCAGCGGUGGCAGCGGCGGUGGCAGCGGCGGUGGCAGCGGUGGUGGCAGCAGCGGUGGCAGCAGCGGCGGCAACGGUGGCAGCAAUUAUGGGCCCAGCUGGGACCGUCCCUUAGAAAAUUCUAGGAAUUUUGAUCAAAGCAGCUACUCAGGCUCCCAGGGACACAGUUCUGGCUCUUCCUCGGGUAGCAGUGGCGGCGGAAGCGGUGGUGGAAAUAAACCCGAGUGUGACAACCCAGGGAAUGAAGUCCGCGUGUCUGGAGGAUCUGGGGGUCAGGGCUUCCAAGGAGGACAGGGAGGGCCCGGCAGCUCUGGUGACAUCAGGGAAAUAAGCAAAGAAGGCAGUCACCUCGUUGGGGGCUCCCAAGGCAAUUUUCAGUGGCAAGGGUCCGGUGGUGAAGCUGUCAGUGGGAUCAAUACCUUGAACUCUCAGACAUCUCCUGGGCUCUUCAACUUCGACACUUUCUGGAAGAAUUUUAAAUCCAAGCUGGGUUUCAUUAACUGGGAUGCCAUAAACAAGGGCCAAGUCCCGUCCCCCAGCACGCGGGCCCUCCUCUACUUCAGCCGGCUCUGGGAGGAUUUCAAACACAACACCCCUUUCCUGAACUGGAAAGCAAUUAUCGAGGGCGCCGAUGCGUCAUCGCUCCAGAAGAGGUCGGGCGGCGCCGGUCAGUCUGGCACGGGAUGGCAAGAGGUGGCGGCCGUAACUUCUAAGCACAACUAUAACCAGCAGGCACACCCUACUCCUUCUGGUGGGCAGUACUCAGCCAAGAUCCCUUCUAAGGGGGUAGCCACGCCUUCUUCCUCGGCUUCCCGGGUGCAGCCUGGCCUGCUGCGGUGGGUGAAGUUCUGGUAGGGAGGAGCAAGAGCGAGGGGACCCGCAGGCGAGACAGAAGAUUAUUUCCAGUCAUGACUGAGGCCCCGAAAAACGUCAGUCUUCGAGGAGCCCGACCGUCCCUAGCUCUCCCCUCCCUGUGUCAGGCUUGGUCUAGGUGCCGACACCUGUUUUUUCCAGGUUGGGGACCAAGUCUGUCUGUCCCUUGUAUCUUGCAACCGCACUGUGGGGUCUCCGUGACCAGCAACUUCAUCAGAUAAACCCGCCACUUUUCUUCACCUACUCCGUUUUGUGACCUGAAGUCGGUGUGACAGUUCUUCAGAAGAAGCUUCUCCUCCUCCUGAGUUUCUUUAUGGAAAUAAAACCCGAAUCCUGUUUCCCUAA